CUUUGGUCGUGUUUGGUCGUGUGGGCCCGUGUGCGGGCGGCUCAGGACAUUCGCGCUACAUCGAGCAGUGGCGACAUCCACGAUCACGCGCUAACACCAACUAACGCAGCCCAACACGCCGAUCCACGCGCUAACCAGGCCAAACUCGAGAGAAGCAACGUUUUACAAUUUUCAUCAUCAUCUAUAUGUAUACUUAAUAUAUGAUAAGAAAAAGAAGAAAGAUAAACUGUGGAACUUUAUCUAAAAAGAACAGAUCUUAUGAGUUUCGGAACACAUCCAUCAAUAUCGACAAUCCAACACAAUCUCGAUUUUAAUGUAAACAUACGUGCGUGCGUUCGUACGUGUGAAUGAAAUAAAUAAUUGGAUAAGUUAUGCCAAAAGUAGUGUCAAGGAGCAUUAUAUGCUCCGAUACAAAAGAUCAAGAAGAAUACAGUGAGGAGAAGCCAUUGCAUAUUUAUUAUUGUAUAUGUGGUCAGAUGACACUAAUUUUAGAUUGUGCCAUUGAAAAAUUGCCAUUAAGAAAAAGAGAUGGAGCAAGAGUAAUAGAUGGCAGCAAGCAUGCUCACAAAAUGACUUCGGAGCGAGACGAGAUUGUAUUUCUCAAACGUUUAGAGGGAAUUGAAAAACAAUACAGACAAAAAUGUAAAAAAUGUGGCUUAUUAUUGUAUUAUAAGCAUGAUCCAGGAGCAAAUGUGGUAUUUGUAGUAAAAGAUUCUGUAAUAAAAAGUUCUGGGGAAGGCCCUAUGACAGAUAUCUAUAAUCAAGUGGCUAUUGAGAAACCUAAAAAAAUAAUGGUUACAAAACAUACUAAAAAUAUGGGCAAAUUUAGUUCAGUUACUGUAUCUACAAUCGAUGAAGAAGAGGAUGAAAUCGAAGCUAGGGAAGUUGCCGAUUCCUAUGCAAACAAUGCACGUAUCAUAGAAAAACAGUUGGAGAGAAAAGGUAUGAAUAAACGAAAAGCUAUACCAUCCACUGAAGCAGAUUCGAAGCGAGUAAGACCUAGAGGGACGUUGUUGGAUAUUUGAUUUUCUGUCAAGAACUAAUCGUAAUUAUGUACAUUCAUUUACUUACAUAGAGUUAAAAAUAAAAUAUAUUUACUUAUA